AUGCCAGCAUGCGAGAUUGACAGCAGCCUAGGCGACGAGUUUGCUAUCCUGGAGUCCACCGUGCCCAUCAGCGACCCCGAGAAGCUGCCGGGCACUACACAAAUGGCACCGCCGCCUGCGCCCGCAAGGAGGCGCAUGGCCUACCGGACGGGCUACACGCUGGCGCAAGAGGCGGCGAGGGCGGCCGCGACGCAACAACCGAGCGGCGCCACGCCACCCGCCCAACCAGAGGCGCUGGACGGCCCUUCCUCUCCCGGCGUGAGACCGGACGUGCCAGCCGACGCGACCCGAGGCUCGCCUGAGUACGACAAGUGCGGCACCUUUGGCUGCAUCCUGAGGGAUCGCCACCCUGGGCUUCACGUGUUCGGGCGGCUUCCCGGCAGGCAGGUUGCGGACGGCGCCGAGGCGGCCGCGGCGACUGCGGCAGCGCAGCGGCGCAAGCCGGUGAGCAAGAAGGGGAGCAAGAAGCCCAAGCGCAGCGACGCCGCGCCGGCAAAGGAGGAGGACCUCUGGGCAAACGCAGAGCCCGCGCUGAGGGCCGGCUGGACCGCGGGCGCCCGCUUGGAGUGCUAUUGUGUGCGCAUUCGCCAGUGGACGGGCGCCAAGGCGUUGGACGCCCGCGGCGAGGGCACCUCGCGCGAGCUGUUAGUCCACUACAUGGGCUGGAACUCGAGGUGGGACGAGUGGGUAUGCUUGCGCAGCGGGAGGCUCCGCGCGCCGGAGACGACGCCGGGGCUCGGAUGA